AUGUUUGUUGUACUUUAUCUCUCCUCAGCGUCUCUAUGCCAUGGAGCGUGUGUGGAGGUGGACUCUGACACUGACGCAGUGGUCAAUGAAGGCUUUAAGCUGGGCUGUAUCUCCUGUAAGAUGAGGGGCGAGGUGCCCGCCGAGGCCACUGUUGAAUGGUCCUUCAUGCCCAAAGGGGAGAGUGAGUUCACAAAAAUCUACAGCUACGAGGACCUAAUGAGCGACAUUCCGGACGAGCGCUUCUACGAGCGUCUGGACUGGAACGGCAGCAAGAAGACCAAGGACCUGCAGGACGGCUCCAUCUACAUCCUGAACGUGACGUGGAACGACACGGGCACCUACCGCUGCAUCUUCAACCGCACCCUCACCUUCACCUCCUACGAGUUCCACACCAACGCCACCAAGAUUGUCCAACUCAACGUGGUGCCAAGACUGACCAGGGGGAUAGCGUCCAUCUUGUCUGAGGUGAUGAUGUAUGUCACCAUCAUUGGGCUGCAGGUAUGGCUGGUGGUAGAGAUGAUUUACUGCUACAGGAAGAUAUCAGCACAAGGCGAGGAAGCAUUGAGAGAGAGCGCGGCGGAGUACUUAGCUAUAGCUUCGGAGAGUAAAGAGAACUGUGCAAUGGUGGCAGUGACAGAAUAGCACUGGUUAAAGAACAUCUCCAAACAACGAAUAGCUCUCGGUAGCCCUUCGACACUUCACCCCUUCUUCCAGACUUCCAUUAUGACACCAUCUCAUUACCCCAUCCAGGAGGACCAGCGAAGAGGCUUGUCCAGAGAACAGAUGGAUGAGAAGUGAAACAGCCAAUGAAAAAGGACAUGUGUUGAAAAGCAAAUAUACAGCACGAGUGUACUAUCGAGCAGUACUAUAAUAUCAAGGAGAGUUGUAAAUACAGUAUGUGUGCUUAAUUAUGCAAUCCAACAUCCUCAUUGUAAUACUGAUACAUUAUAAUAAGUUAGUUCAUACAUAGCAUUGUACAUGAAGUAGAGCUGCAUGUUUACUGAUACAUCAUAACUAAUGGCGUUAAUGUUUCUUAAAGGGUCAUUGUCUGGAUUCUAAAGUGUGCUUGUAUGAGAGCAAUUAGAGGUCAGAACUCAACUGCAAUCUUGCCCAAUGGCUUUAGUAGCCUGUCUUGAUCAGACCUUCCAUGGCUAUUUAUGCGCAGAUCCAGACUAGCCUAGCGGUAUAUUCAAAAACAUUCCAAGAAAACUUGAGGUUAUGCAUUCAGGUGAAUGAAAUAAGUACCCUGAGGAGUAGUAGCCUAACACGGUUGACUAGCUGGGAGUAAUGGAUUGUACACACCCAGAGCAACUAUUUCUGUUUUGACAGCAUCUGUCUACCUGUUAAAAAGGUUCAUGCUUUAUUUGCUAGACUUUCCUUAUCAUAUUUACAACAACCAAGGGCUUGUGAUAUUAGCUACCAUUUUACUGCCGUGGGAAACUACCAUAAUUUGUUCAGUGUGCCUAGAGCAGGAAUGUCUGACUGGUCAAAGACCAAUCCCUACUGAGCAGAAUACAGUUAGCUUCUAUUGAAAUAAUGGACAUCCCUGUCAUUCCUAUUCGGCAGUCAAUUCUGUAUUAUACCUCCAGGGGCAGCAUAACACUGCCUAAUGUGGACUGCAAUCUUGCACACAUACUUUCAUGUACAAUUUCAUUGGGAUCUGGGUUUAACUACUAAGGGGUCUAGGUUUUUUACCUUUGAAGUACAGAAAAGUGAAAUAAUAAUAGGAUUGUUAUGGCAUGAUAACUGCCACACGUGAACAAAUUGUAAUUAAUGUUCAAGAUACAGAAUUAUUCAAAAUUCCCUUUAAAAAACCUUAAAGCUGGUUUGGUCAGAUUAGAGAGUCUAGUCACCUUUCACAGAACUUCUACAUUGAAUAGCGGAAUAUAUGUUGGAGAAAACAAAACAGGCUUAUAAUAGGGAAUAAUCGACUUCUGCUGUAAUUUAAAAUGUUCACUGAAGAGAGCUGAUCCAGUACACACUACUGUGGCAAGGUUGCUUGCCAAAACAGUCAGAUUUAUACCUUAAUAUAAUUGUCAUGUGAGAAUGGAGUAGGCUUUAUGUCUGGUUUAUUAAAUCAAAACAAUUCCUACCUUGUCAGAUUUUUAUAUUUGGGGAAAUGUUUGUGGGAACUUUUCAGGUCUCUGACAAGACCCUCUUUCACACGCACAGACAGACAAAGACAGAGAGACAGACAGAGUGUAAUAAUACAAUCUGAAGAGCAUAGAGGCAACUGAAGUGUGGGACAGAAAUGGCCUGUUCUGGCAUGCAGUCACAUGUUGUUUGGCUGUCACUGAGCUGUGGCUAACCUCAUGAUAGAGUACCUGACUGGAAACUGGUGAUGUGACAUUUCCAGGGAACUGACGGGCUCACUGGGAGUCAGGAGGAUCAGAUAGCAGAUAAUGUAGUCUGUUGACCGUGGCGUUGACCAUGACCGACUUCGACGAGUGUCAAACAAACGUUCCCUUCUGACCUUUUAAAACCACUCGUAUUAAAUAUU